GUAAUGAGAAUAUAUAAAGCGAGACACCUAUCUACCAGCACGAGUACGUGCCAAAAUGAAAGUGGUUAUCGCUUUAGCUGCAUUCGUAGCAUUGUGCUCCGGCCAUGCGCUCCCCUCUGUGCCUGUAGACAACAGACACUACGUGGAGGGUGAGAGCCGCUACAUCUGGAUGCCGGACAGUGAGGGCACACCAGUGCUGGUGGACCUUCAGGAGCCCGUCGAUGAAGCUGUAGUGAAUUCCAGGAAUGGAGCCAACAACCAAUAUUGGCUUUUCACUAGGCAAAACCAAAAUAAUGCCCAAAUUCUUAUAAACGGAAACAUCAACUCCGUACGGAACUCCAAUUACGCGUCAAACAAGCCUCUGAAGGUCAUCGUCCACGGAUGGAACAGCAAUGGGGGUUCCUCUGUGAAUACCGGAAUCACGUCGGCUUUCCUCGCUGUUCAAGACGUCAACGUCAUCGUAGUGGACUGGCGCGGUCUCGCUGGCUCCAGCUACACCUCUGCAGCUAACGGUGUUCCAAGUGUUGGCCAACAUCUUGGAAACUUCCUUGUAUGGCUCAUCAACAACGCUGGAGGCAACUGGAACAACGUGCAUUUAGCUGGUCACAGUUUAGGUGCUCAUAUUGUUGGAGUUGCUGGUCGUCAAGCUGGUGGCAGGCCGUCCCGCGUUACUGGUUUAGACCCCGCUGGACCUGGCUGGGGUAGUAACAGCAACGCGUUGAACAGGAACUCUGGCCGGUUCGUCGAAGCCAUCCACACUGACGGCAACAUCCUCGGUCUCAUGGCCGCGAUUGCUGACGCUGACUUCUACCCCAACGGUGGUAGACACCCUCAACCUGGCUGCUCACUUAGUACUUGUUCUCACAGUCGCGCUCACGAAUUAUUCGCCUCCACUAUCCGCCACAACCGCUUCACAGGAAGACAAUGCUCAAACCUAAAUCAAGCUCAGCAGUCUAACUGUUCAGGAUCUAGCUUGAACAUGGGUAAUGCUGUCAUCAACAAAUCAGGAAAUGGCAUCUUCGGCCUCACUACUGGAAGCUCUUGGCCUUUCUAACUAUGGUCAAUAAAGAAAGCCUGCUAAGAUGACAUUAAAAGAUGACUGUGAUAAAAUAAAACUUAAUUU